UACAACCGUAGCCUAUAUAUGUAGCUAAUUUACACACCGGGAAUAGCUUCGGUGGCUACAAACGUUAUAAUUACCUGAAUUGCGCCCUGUUUGGGAUUUAUUGUUUGAUGCUGCGCAACAACUUAUUUUCUCCUAUCAUAGCUACAUUGGAAAGAGUAUUUACAGUCCUCUCCAAAAAUAUUGGGACAGCGAGGCCAAUUCCUUUGAAUAGACUGAAUACAUUUGGGGUUGAUAAAAAUAUGAACACGAGUGUUCAGAAUUUCAGCUUUUAUUUCCUGGUAUUGACAUCUAGAUGUGUUAAACUACUUGCAACAUAGCACCUUUGGUAUCAUACCACACAAUGUUAGGUGAGCAAAAGUAUUGGAACAGAGUAUAAGUAAAUGAAAGUAAAUGACAGUAAAUAUUUGGUAGCAUAUCCCUUGCUUUCAAUAACCUUAUCAAGCCUGCGACCCAUUGACAUCACCAAACUGUUGCAUUCUUCUUUUGUGAUACUUUUUAGUGCCGCAGAUUUCCAGGCUUUUACUGCAGCCUCUUUCAGUAGUUGUUUGUUUCGGUAGUAGUACUUAUUUGAAAAUCGUUAUCGCCUUCUGAUUCUUUCUACUUUUGCAUCUUGUGGUAUAGCCACAGCCCCUGCCCUGUGGAGAUUGUUUGUGAUGUCACUGACUGACGUUUUGGGGUUUUUUUCACAGCUCUCACAAUGUUUCUGUCAUCAACUGCAAUCGUUUUCCUUGGUCGACCUGUUAAUGUCUGUUGCUCAGUACACUAGCGGUUUCUUUAUUUUUCAGGACAUUCCAAGUUGUUGCACAAGCUAUCCCCAACAGUUCUGCAAUGGCUGAUUGAUUUCCCCUCUUUUCUAAGCUUCAAAAUGAUUUGCGUUUCUCCCAAAGACUGCUCUCUGGUCUUCAUGUUGGUUUAUCUUUUCUAACACAAAUGCAGUCCUCACAGGCAAAACCCAAGGCUAAAACCAAGAGUAGACAGUCAGAAUUAUUUAUUAACCCAUCAAUCUAACGGGACAAUUCUGGGCAACAAGAAACACCUGUCAGUCACAUGUUCCAAUACUUUUGCUCACCUAAAAAUUAGGUGGUCUGAUACAAAAGGUGGUAUGUUCAAAGUUGUUUAACAAAUCUAGAUUUCUUUUUAAAUACCACGAAAUAAAAGCUGAAAUUCGGAUGUGUACAUCGUUUGACCUCAAACUCAAUUGUCUUCAAUGUAUAGCAAAAACAAAGGAAUUGACCUUGCUGUUCUAAUACUUUUGGAGGGGACUGCAUGUAGCUUUAGGUAAGAAAAUAGCCGCCAUGCUUUCCGGGAAGAGGAUUGCCGACGUGGGAUACAAGAUGUUCUCGGGAUCCAUGAUGCUGCUGACGGUCUACGCUGGCUACUUGUGUGUCUUGCGAGGACGUCGCUACAUGGAACGACAGAAACAACUUAAACUUCAAGCGGAGAAUCAAUCAGACUUGGACUGAUGUCAAAGUUGACCCCUUUCUAACAUCAAUGGGAAGUUAUUCGCGCAGUGAAUGUUGUUUCGACCCCAGCAUCUUGUUUUGUUGCCUUGGUAACAGCUGUUCCAGUUAAAUCGGCGAAUUAUGUUGUAUAUAUAAUUGAAAAUAAAUAAUGUCUGAUUUACUGGGAUAA